CGGAAGCCAACGAUAUUCCCAGCUCACUCUCACCUGCAUACUCAAGCCCCGGCGAUUCAUCCCUUCGUCUCCGCGAUUUCCUCUUCCCUCUCCUCUCCACGAUGAUCUCCGCGCCUCAAGCCCCGGCGACCUCUCUGUUCGGCCGGGCUUCCUCCUGCUCCUCCCGAAGGGCCACGGUCCGCUGCGCGGUGGCCGUCGCGUCGGCGGCGCCGGCCAGCGGGUGCACGCUGUACGAGGUGCUUGCACUCCGGGCCGGCGCGACUGGCGGCGAGAUCAAAGCCGCGUACCGGCGCCUGGCGCGUGAGCUGCACCCUGACAUCGCCGGCGCGGCCGGCGACGACUUCAUCCGGCUCCACGACGCGUACGCCACGCUCGCCGACCCGGACGCCCGCGCGCGCUACGACCGCGACGUCGUCGCCCAGGCAUACGCGCAGGUGCCCGCCUCCAGGACGUCGCCGCACAGUGUCUGGGGACGGCCUCGCCGCACCUGGGAGACAGACCAGUGCUGGUAGUGAUCCGACCUCGCCUCGCCCACACCGCACUCCUUGGCCGCUCACCUGAGAUUUAUUUUGCUACGGUGACCACUCCAUGCGUCUGUGUACAUGUAACCAUCGGCGUCCUCUCUUUUGCCGUUCUGAAUGUGUAGUGAUCUUCAGACACACGUCUAGGUAUGGAAUUAAUCUUUGCAGAUAUGUAAUGCUAGCAGCAAUGUGAUCGAUCCCAGGUUCAAAAUUUGAAGAAACCGGACUUUGCCCUGCAAA